AUGGUGGAGAAGGUCCAACGCCCUCUGGUGUCCAGACUGGUGCAUGUCAGGGAAGAGUCACCUGGAAGCUCUGAACAAGACUCACAAUAUUCUUUGGGAAGAGGAAAACUUGAUGAAUCAAGGACAGGAGGAGGUAAUGGGAAUGGAAUGAUGGGUCGUCCAGCUGCUGCCAAUGCUGCCCGUGAGAGAAACAGAGUGCAGACCUUACGCCACGCUUUCCUGGAGCUACAGCGGACACUACCUUCUGUGCCCCCAGACACAAAGUUGUCCAAGCUGGAUGUUCUCAUACUUGCUACAACCUACAUUGCCCACCUUACCCGCAGUCUCCAGGAGGAGGAUGAGAGCAGCCACAACCACCCAUCCACCAGCCCAAGCAGCUCCAACAGCCUCAGUCCAGAUCUUCUUGGGUCUUUACACAGUGGAGAUGGAUACCUACAUCCUGUCAAGGUGAGUUAUAUUGUCUAUUUUUGA